GGCCACUGCAGUUACUACUCUCACACCCCUUCUGACUCUUUCCUUCUCUCCCUUCCCCCUCUUCGAUCCAUCGUCUCCGAUUAACUUUUCCACCAACAACCUUUUUUUCCGGCCAGAUAUGGAUGCAAACAUCAGAAAACGGAUCGCCGCAGGCCACUAUUAAGAUCUCUCCCUACAGGCGGGAUUCUCGGCUGCAAUGGGCAAGAAAGGAGGUGGCUGGUUCUCGUCGGUGAAGAGAGUUUUCAGGCCUUCCUCCGAUAGCUUGCCAGAGAAGAAGAAGGACGUUAAGGCGGAGAAAUGGCAGCACCAGGCGCCGGAGGUCCUGUCAUUGGAGCAUUUCCCGGCAGGAAGUUCGCCGGACGCCACCAAUGACGAGAGCGAAGGGGAGUCGUCUCCGGUGACGGAAGAUCGGAACCAUGCCAUUGCUGUCGCGGUCGCCACCGCUGCAGCGGCUGAAGCUGCGGUGGCGGCCGCCCAAGCGGCGGCGAAAGUCGUCCGGCUCGCCGGCUACGGCCGCCAAUCCAAGGAAGAACGGGCUGCCACUCUCAUUCAGUCCUACUUCAGAGGAUACCUCGCUCGCCGGGCUCUGCGAGCGUUGAAGGGGCUGGUGAGGCUCCAGGCGUUGGUGAGGGGCCACAAUGUCCGGAAGCAGGCACAGAUGACGAUGCGGUGCAUGCAAGCGCUGGUUCGCGUGCAGGCCAGAGUCAGAGCCCGCCGGCUCCAAUUGGCGCAAGAGAAGCUUCAGAAGAAGGCCGACGAAGGAGCAGCAGCAGCAGUGGAGGCGGAGAAGCAGCGGCUGAGGAACGCCGUCAAGAAGCUCGAGGACUGGGAUGACCGGAAGAGGCCGGACAAGGCCAUCGGAGGCAGCAUGAGAAAGCACGACGGUUUGAUGAAAAGGGAGCGAGCUCUUGCCUAUGCUUUCAGCUACCAGUCGCAGCAGCAGUUGCCGAAUCUGGAUUUGAACGGCAAUGAUGCCGAAUUCUACGGGGACGAGCGCGAAAAGGCGCGGUGGGGCUGGAAUUGGCUAGAGCGUUGGAUGGCGUCGCAGCCGUACCACGCCGGAAACCCGAGGCCAAGGGAGGGCUCCUACAUGACCCUCGCCGCCACGGACGACACCUCCGAGAAGACUGUGGAGAUGGACCUGGCAACGCCGGAGCAGAUCAGCAGCGGGGAGCCAAUCGAUCCCUCCGUGUACCACCGGCAGCACCGCCAUGUGGGCUCCGACGGCGUGCCGAGCUACAUGGCCCCAACGCAAUCCGCAAAAGCGAAGGUGAGGGGCCAGGGCGUGGUGAGGCAGCGUAGCCCGUCGGUGGCCCAAUGGAACCCAUCCACCAAAAGAGGAAGCACGGUUGGGUCCGGCGGUGACUCGUCAAGCUCCGGCGGAGGAACGGCGGCCUAUUGGGCCCCGAAGAGCCCAGCCCUAAAUGGUAGCAGGCUGAGAGCCCAGCAGCCCAAAUGGAUUGCGGGCUACAGCCCAGAUUCCAGCGGCGAUGACAGGGCACUCCACCGUUUGGGAACUGGGCAUGGACAUGGUGAAUUAUAUUAAUGUGUGACAUAUAAAUUUCCAGUUACAUGUGUGCCUGUGCCUUUGAGUGUGUGUGCCUGUGCAAUCUAUCGUACAAUUUGUAUUUAUUAAUUAUUAUUAUUUAAUUGGGCACUGCCA